GAUACGAAGAAGAUAUCGCUCUCUGAAGASAUUGUUUUGAACGUUUUCACCAAAAUAAUAGGUCCAGRCUGGACUAGAUUUUCAAAUUAAGYACUGUGAAAUAUUAUACUUGUCUUCAGCUGCACGAGUGCAAGGAUUCAGRUCAAAAUUUUAAGUUCUUCUCGAAAAGAGUUUGCCAUCUGCAAGGACUGGUUUGAUAGACUAUCAUCAGAUAUCCUAGUGGCUGACCUCAAAUCGAGUAUAUUAUUGAAUUGAACCAAGUUAUACGAAGGUCAUUUUGUUGUAAAGUUGGGAUAASAAAACUUCUUUCUGGUAAAUUGUUCGCUUUUAUGGAUCAAAAUGGAGAAGAGCCGACAAAACCAGUUCCAAAAUAGUAACCAUUUAGAAUGGAGAGACCCAAAGAGCCCGUGUUCGCCAUCUUCGCCCGCCUCACCGCAAUCACCGCCAUCACUUGAAGUUCGAGGUAAAGGGUUGUCUCUCAGCCGUUGGAAGCCAGUUAUUAAAGAAAAUGCACCUAGAGAGCUAUCAAAGAAAGGCCGAAAACAACGGCUCUUGCUCUCACAAAAUGGAGGACUUAGUAAAUUGAAACGAAGGGAGACGUCGCCUGACUUUCACCUUCAUCACAAUGAGCACCGUGCAAAACCCAAACGCGACCCACUUCCUAUGAGAAUGCGUGCRCUUCCUCAGUCAUUCUUUCAUGAACCACAUGAGAUCCRGACAAGUUCCUUAAACUCCAGCAGCACAUUGCCAGGGUUACCACCAUUAUUUCAUAAUGCAAACAACACAGGAGAUGAUGUUAGUAACUUAAGACCUGUCACUCCACCAGAGGAAAAGCUUAAACCUCGUCCACCAAAGGAACGAAAGGUCUCAUAUGCAGCCACAACAAGUGAAGACUUACUUUUUAAAUUAUUUGAAACCGUUGAAGAAGACAAAACAAAGAAGUUUGUUAUCAAGAGAGGAAGACCAAGAAGAGUACAGUCAGAUUUAACACCAAAUAUGUUACCUAAACUAGAAGAAGAUCCUUCAAUGGUUGAGAACCUAGCAAACAGACUAUUUCCACAGCUGUCAAUUGAGAAAAAACUCAAACCACAUCAACAACCAUCAACGUCACUGUCAUGCGUAUCAGUCCAGGAUGGUGAAAAGUCAGUGACACUGCCUUCAYUAAGUGUSGACCAGAACUAUUCACAGAUGUUACUGGAAAUUGUUGCUCAUUUUUGAAUUAUUUCAUUGUGGAUAAAGYGUUCAACUKUAUUGUUGCAUCUUGACAUUCUGGUGGAACAGGAAUUUUAAAGUCAUUGUAAAGAGUGGAUUAGAGUUUAUCAYUGAGUGACCAGGAAUUAUUGAAAAAUGUAAGUUUGAAUACAAAGACAUUUUCAUGCACUUUACUCUUUGUAAGGGUCAGGAUUUCUUUUUGUUGAAUUGGAUUUACAGCUGUGUUUACUGUAGCUGGAUAAGGGUGGUGUGGACAUCAAGUACUGGUACAUGUAGAUUGUAYAUUGCCUUUGGCUCUUGUAGUAUGAUUGCUUAACAUAACUAUAAAGCAAAUGAAGCCAAUGAUGAGGGAAAGAACAUCACUGGUGGACAAAUAUCAACAUCUCACAAAAAGCCAUAUGAUUCCUUGAAUUUUAUUGUCAMUGAUAUGACCUGUUCAAGAAUGUUAGAAAGUUAGCCAAUUUUUGUUGCAUGUUUUUGUGUGUUUAUGAUAUCAAAACAUCAAUAGGUGUGCUUGUAAUUGAACAGUUAUAACAUGAUAUGUAGAGGUGAUAUAAGUCAAUGUAUACACAGGGUUUUUAAUUCCCAUCACAAAAAUAUCUGAUAAAUCAUGUAAUAAUCAUGCUUUAUGUUAUUGGUAUUAUAGUUAGCAGGUAAAACUGGUUGAGCUGGCUCAGCCAUUCUAUUGAUUAGAAUUUCUAAAAGGCCUGCAUGCUGCUAUAGUAUUAAAUCCCUAAUAAAAGUUGUAGAAUUUGCAAUUUAUGGGUUUUUAACAAUCUACCCAAGCAUGAUAUUUGCUGUUGUCUCAGAUCAUUGACUAUUGCAGAGUAUUGUACAUAAGUACUGUAGGUUUAAAUAGAUCACUACUUCAUCUUCACCAUAAGAAGCAUAUCUAGAUUGUUGAGUGAUGGAAAUUGAAAUUAUGUUUAGGGAUGUGCAGAUAUCAAACAUAGAUACCCCAAAGGGAAUACUUGAUAUCGAGCACAGAAUUAUACCCCUCAUUAUGAGUUAUUCUGUGUGUAACACGAUGUGGAAUUGAAGGCAAAGAACAUAUUAAAAUUAAUAUAACUAAUUAUUAUGAAUAUUUUACAAUUGCACCACAAAGUUGAGUGGAUGAUAAGUUGAUAGUCUAUGAGGAUGUAUUCAGCAGAA